UCAGCUGUGUGCUUGGAAGUACACAUGAACUUUCAGAAUACAGAACCAGAAGAAGGAUCAGCAGCACAAGUCACAGUGGAUCCUGAUCUAAACAAGACCUCGAACCAAUCUACCUUAAGCUGAGGAGAGAGAGGAAAACACUAUUUUAAAGAACACCAGGAGAGAUGAACCGAUCGUGUUUGAGCACUAUGGAGCCUGUAGGUUCCACUUUAACGUCAACUUAUGCCCGCCCCCCACCAACACCGACCAACUUUCUACCAGCCAUUGGUACCUUGACAUCGAGCUACAGGGAUCGCUUUCCCCAUUACAAUUUAACCCACAGCUUGAGCCUUCCUUGGAAACCAAGCACAUACUACAAAGUGGCCUCCAACUUGCCAACGUUGGGUCCAUACUGCACCAGAGCCCAGAGGUUGGGCGAGAGUACCAUGCUUCCCUUCGUGUCCAACAGAACCACCCUCUUCACAAGGUACACUCCCGAUGACUGGUACAGGUCCAAUCUAACCAACUACAAAGAGUCCAAUACUUCCCGACACAAUUCAGAGAGACUCAGAGUGGACACGUCUCGCCUCAUUCAAGACAAAUAUCAACAAACGAGAAAAACCCAGACAGACUCUACCCAAAAUUUGGGAGAACGUGUCAAUGACAUAGGGUUUUGGAAGUCUGAAAUCACUCAUGAGUUGGAUGAGAUGAUUGGAGAGACGAAUGCACUUACAGAUAUUAAGAAAAGAUUAGAGAGGGCUUUAAUGGAGACUGAAGCCCCUCUGCAGGUUGCCCGAGAAUGUUUAUUUCAUCGAGAGAAGAGGAUGGGAAUUGACCUAGUUCAUGAUGAAGCUGAAAAAGAACUGCUCACGGAAAUUGAUGUUAUUCUGUGUUGUCAAGAAAGAAUGAAGCUACAUUUGGAUAAAGCUAUUGCCCAACUUGCCUCCAAUAGAGCCGCCCAGCAUGAGCUAGAGAAGGACCUAAGUGAUAAACAGGCAGCUUACCGGAUCGAUGACAAAUGCCACCACCUGCGCAACACAUCUGAUGGCAUCAGCUACUUCCGUGGAGUGGAGAGGGUUGAUGCGACGGUCUCAGUGCCUGAGUCCUGGGCCAAAUUUACAGAUGACAACAUUCUGCGCUCCCAGAGUGAACGGGCGACCUCCGCAAAACUAAGAGAUGAGAUCGAAAACCUUCUGGUGGUGACUGUCAAUGAGAUGUGGAAUCAAUUCAACAAAGUGAACUUGGCUUUCACCAAUCGUAUUGCUGAGUCUGCAGAUGCUAAGAAUAAGAUUCAGGUUCACUUAUCAAAGACUCUACAGGAGAUAUUCCAGACAGAAAAGAGCAUAGAAUCCAUCAAGAAGGCCAUCAAGGAGAAGUCCGCCUUCCUGAAGGUGGCUCAGACCAGGCUGGAUGAGCGCACACGGAGACCUAACAUAGAGCUAUGCAGAGACAUGGCACAACUUCGCCUUGUUAAUGAGGUCUAUGAGGUUGAUGACACCAUACAGACCUUGCAGCAACGCCUGAGGGAUGCCGAGGACACCCUGCAGUCCCUGGUGCACAACAAAGCCACCCUGGAGCAUGACCUGGCUGUCAAAGCCAAUUCCCUGUACAUCGACCAAGAAAAAUGCAUGGGAAUGCGCAAGACCUUCCCCACCACCCUGCGGCUGGUUGGUUUCUGUUAGAGACCCCAGCAAAAGAAGGAGUUUUGGUGUUCCUAAAUGAAGGAAAACCAGGCUUGGCCUCGCAGCUAACUGAAUGCUAAUAAAUUUACAUAUUAAAGAACUUUUAUCAGUAUAAAUACACCAGUCUUUUGUCUCUGAAAGCCUUUUGUUUGUCUAAACCUUAGUUAUUUGCUAUCUACUAGGCUUCAAGAUAAUGGGAAGGAUUUAAAGAAAUAGAACCAAUCUAAAAGAACACAAAUAAGAUGACUUGUGUGGUUCUUAUUGUUCUAUGUGAGACCCAAAUGGAUUGCACCAGAAGAUAUUAUCCCCAAGAUGGUGGGAUCAGGAAUCACAAAGGACCAUGAGCUAAAGACCUGAUCUUUACAGCCUAAGAGUUAGGUGACUGGGCCCAUGCUGGUGAAGGUGACUGUGGGAUC